AGCUCAUUGAAACAGUCGUGUGUUUGAGGUUUUGGUCGAUUAUUUGCUUGUGGGGAAGAUUAAAGAUUGGAUCUUGCGAUUGAUUGCGUUUGGAAUGUCCUCGCAGACGCAAUUACGUUUGAUUAUCAAUGAGUUCUCGAGGAAAUCACAAAAGAGAUUGAGUACCCAGAAACUGCAGAGCUUUGUUACCAAAACCCAUCUCGCGCGUGAUCCCUAUUUCGCGACGCAGCUUGUAAGGUACUAUGCGUUAAACGAUGAUCUUCUCUCUGCACGCAAACUGUUCGACGUAUUUCCUGAGAGAAGCGUUUUCCUCUGGAACUCUAUCAUUCGAGCUUACGCUAAAGCUCAUCAACUUGGUACCUCCUUGUCGCUUUUCUCUCAGAUGCUGAGUUCCGAUACGAAGCCGGAUAACUUCACCUUUGCGUGCUUAGCUCGUGGGUUUUCAGAGAGUUUCGAUACCGAGAGACUGAAGUGUGUUCAUGGAACUGCAAUCGUAUCUGGUCUUGGAUUUGAUCAAAUUUGCGGCAGUGCGAUUGUUAAAGCUUAUUCAGAAGCAGGCCUUAUUGUUGAAGCAAGUAAGUUGUUUGUUUCAAUACUAGAGCCAGAUGUUGCUCUGUGGAAUACUAUGGUUUCUGGAUAUGCACGGUGUGGAUUUUGGGAGAAUGGAAUCAAUUUGUUUAACUCAAUGUUACAUCAAGGAAAUCGACCUGAUUGUUAUACAAUGGUAGCCUUAACUACUGGAGUUAUUGAUCCUAGUUUAUUACUCGUUGCUUGGUCUGUUCAUGGGUUUUGUUUGAAAGUGAAUUUAGAUUCUCAUUCUCAUGUUGGCUGUGCUCUAGUGAGCAUGUACUCGAGAUGCAGGUGCAUGACUUCUGCUUAUAGUGUGUUUGGUAGCAUCUCUGAGCCUGAUUUAGUUGCAUGUUCCUCGUUGAUAACGGGUUAUUCAAAAUGUGGAAACCACAAGGAGGCUUUGUAUCUGUUUAGUGAGCUGAUAAUGAUUGGUAAGAAGCCAGAUUGUGUUAUUGUUGCGGUUGUAUUAGGGUCUUGUGCUGAGUUAUCGAAUUCUCUCUACGGAAACGAAGUGCACGGUUAUGUUAUUCGACUAGGACUAGAACCGGAUAUAAAGGUCUGCUCUGCUCUUAUAGACAUGUACUCAAAAUGUGGGUUUUUGGAUUCCGCGAUGAGUCUUUUCGAGAGGAUUCCAGAGAAAAACACUGUUUCUUUCAACUCCGUUAUUUUGGGUCUUGGCUUGCACGGUUUUGCUUCCUCUGCGUUUGAAAACUUCAGCGAGAUGCUUGAGAUGGGAUUGAACCCCGACGAGGCCACUUUCUCUUCUCUUCUUUGUACCUGUUGCCAUUCUGGUCUUUUGAACGAAGGUCAGGAGAUCUUCAUGAGAAUGAAGAGUGAGUUUGGUGUUGAGCCACGAACAGAGCAUUAUGUUUACAUUGUAAAGCUAAUGGGAAUGGCUGGAAAACUGGAAGAAGCAUUUGAGUUUGUAAUGUCAUUUCGAAAACCGGUUGAUUCAGGAAUUUGGGGAGCAUUAUUGUCAUGUUGUGAAGUUCAUGAGAACACUCAUUUGGCUGAAGUUGUAGCAGAGAAGAUAUUGGAGAAUGAGGAAGAGAGAAGAAGUUUUCACAACGUUAUGCUCUCUAAUAUGUAUGCAAGAUAUGGGAAAUGGGAUGAAGUAGAAAGGCUUAGAGAUAGAAUUUCAGAGAGCUUUGGAGGUAAAUUGCCAGGUAUCAGCUGGGUUUAACUGCAGAGGAAAGGGAUCAUUGCUUGAUUGGGUCCAUUUUGAUAUAGAUGAAGAGGUUACAGAUGAAGAAAGAGCAAAGAAGCUCUUUGUGGUGUUUGAGAAACAGUAAGGAGCUAAAGAGGAGAUGGAGAACGCCAAUGUUGGUAGAGAGGGUUUCAGUACGAAAAUGAGGUUAAGAAAGACCCUUUGAAAAGAGUCUAGGGAACAAGAAUUUGAUCAGAGAAGUGUAUGAGAGGGAAAGUGCUAAAGAUACUGCCUGAGAUAUAUCUAUCAGUGUAGUAAUUAUGCCUUGUAUGAGGAGCUCGAAGCUGAUUGAUAUAGAGUGUUUUGAAACAUCCCUCAUGAUAAGUUUCCUUUCACCAAAGUAUGGUUGCUUGCUUCAAAUUAAUUCAAAGGUGCACUUGUGAUCUUAGGCAAUGGUACCUCCCUCAACAAAACAAGAAUAAAAGCAACUGUAGAUAGUAGUAAUUAAGAAGUGCACAGAGUGGAAUGUAAGUUUGUAGCAGUAGAGCAGUUGUAGAUUUAAACAAACUAUACUUGGUUUCUUCCUUGUCAUUAAACUUGUCA